GUAGGGGGUGGGGGGGAUGCAGCAAAGCAAGAUUAAUAACCUUGCCAUAAUCCUGUGCACCCUGGAAGGAGAUACCUCUGGUGACUGAGCUGUUCUUGUCUUGAUUAAUUGGACUGAGUGAAUGAGUGGCUGGCAAUCCACCUGGUUUGGAGGCGACCCCCCUGGUUUUGCUGCUCUUUGAAUCCCCUACCCAUCUGGGAAGGUAACAGUGAGACAUACCAUCUGCAGCACACACAGCAGCUAUUGGAGGCUACUGACAGUUUGCACUACAGUGUGUGGGUUUUUUUUUUAUUAUUAUUUGUGAGCAAGAAGCCAGGUGUAUGGUACAGUGGGAUAUUUCUGUACUCAAGCUACUGAUUUUCACAAUCUGGUCCUUCAGCUACCCCCACUUUUCCUUUUCCAAUUGCCUUGGACUUCUGGGCUUACUUUUGGCAUAAUCUCCUGGAGGCAUUUUGCCAGGGAAUGGAAGAUCGGUAAAUGGAACCUUUGAAAACUAAUUGUUUUUCUUCUGUGUGACUCAAAGAGAAAGGGAAAAAGAAUCAAGUUCAGCUGGAGGAAUUAAGAUCUCCUUUGAAGAAGUUUAAAGAGAGACCAUACAAAAGCCCUCAAGAGAUAAUGGAGAAGACUGCUUUUUCCUUUUGUGUGUGCGCACUUCUGUAGAAAUGAAUUCCUUUAUUGCAAGAAAUUAUGAUUAUUUGCUGGUGUGGAAGACAAAUGAGCUGAUGUUCCACUGGGUAUUCUGAACAACAUCCACUACAGCAUUGCUCAAGGUUCAAGAGUGAAAUUCAUAACAAAUGUCAGAAGGAACAGCAUCGUGCUUGAGAUUGAAGAGAGGCUCAGAUUGAAGAAGCCUCAGGGUUCUAGGAACAGUAAUCUGCUGCUAUGUCUCCAAAUUUCAAAGAUCUUCCAUUCUGCAAACAAGUUUAAAGCUUCCCAUUCUUCCUUGAAUCUGAUCGAAGAUCUGCAAGAUCAGCCACCAGGAAUGACAGAAAUUGGUGAUGACGGUUUCUUUUUAAGUGCACGCAGGUUGCAAGAAAGAAGAAGUGUCCAGUGGAGAUUGUUAAUAUGGAAAUAUCCUAAGAUAUGGCAUGCCAUCUGAGAAAAUAAGUGGACUACACUUUGGCACAAAGGAUAAUUAAUCAUACCAUGAAUUGCUGAAGACAGGAGCCUCUGAUUUGCUAUUUCCAGUAAAAGAGGAUUCCGUCUGCAUCAGUUGCAGCAGAAGUUGUGUAUGGCAUGCGUAACUGCUGAAAAACAACUGUCCUAACAGGUAAGGCGACUGGUGCGUAGAGAAAUCAAAUGACCUACCUUGAGAUCAUACAAGCACUCUGGAAAUAUUAUCCCAGUGAAUCCUGGCUAUAACUUUUGAUGUCCUCAUCACUGGCCGUGCUCCUGCAAGAACUGACUGGUGGAUGCUCUAGGGGGGUCCAGGCAGCUCUGUGGAACAGUCUCCAAUGGGCUAGUAGGAUGAGAAGGUCCAGGGGUAGUUUGGGAAACGAGGAGAAACAUCACCUCCCCAGACGGUAAAUCUACAGAAAGCAGAGGGACCUUGCAGUGAGCAGCAGAUUGAAAAUGAACUGAGGGCUGCGAGCUUUAAGAGCUACCACAAAUGAAUCAGGACUGAAAAACUUUGAAUGGCUAUUCAAAUUCCAGAAGGACCAAUACCAAAUAAAUUAUGAAUGUUGAACAAGAUGACCUUACAUCCACAGCAGAUAAUGAUAGGUCCUAGGUUUAACAGGGCCCUAUUUGACCCCCUGCUUGUGGUGCUGCUGGCUCUUCAGCUUCUUGUGGUGGCUGGUCUAGUGAGGGCUCAAACUUGUCCUUCAGUCUGCUCCUGCAGCAACCAGUUCAGUAAAGUGAUUUGCGUACGGAAAAAUCUGAGAGACGUGCCAGACGGUAUCUCCACCAACACCCGGUUACUCAAUCUCCAUGAGAACCAGAUCCAAAUCAUUAAAGUGAAUAGCUUCAAACAUCUGAGGCACCUAGAAAUCCUGCAGCUCAGCAGGAAUCACAUCAGAACAAUUGAGAUAGGGGCUUUCAAUGGUCUGGCCAAUCUCAAUACUUUGGAACUCUUUGACAAUCGUCUGACCACUAUCCCAAAUGGGGCUUUUGUAUAUCUGUCAAAACUGAAGGAACUGUGGUUGAGAAACAACCCCAUUGAAAGUAUCCCUUCUUAUGCUUUUAACAGAAUCCCUUCUCUCCGGAGGUUGGAUUUGGGGGAAUUGAAAAGGCUUUCAUAUAUCUCAGAAGGUGCCUUUGAAGGUCUGUCCAAUUUGAGGUAUUUGAACCUUGCCAUGUGCAACCUUCGAGAGAUUCCUAACCUCACGCCACUUGUAAAACUGGAUGAGUUAGAUCUUUCUGGGAAUCACCUGACUGCCAUCCGGCCAGGUUCCUUCCAAGGGUUAAUGCAUCUUCAAAAAUUGUGGAUGAUACAGUCUCAGAUUCAAGUGAUAGAAAGGAAUGCUUUCGAUAACCUUCAGUCACUUGUGGAGAUCAAUCUGGCACACAACAAUUUAACACUACUGCCUCAUGACCUGUUCACGCCACUCCGUCUAGAAAGGAUCCACUUGCAUCACAAUCCUUGGAACUGCAACUGUGAUAUCCUUUGGCUCAGCUGGUGGAUUAAAGACAAGGCACCCUCCAAUACUGCAUGCUGUGCCCGUUGCCACACACCUCCCAGUUUGAAAGGAAGGUACAUUGGUGAGCUGGACCUGAAUUACUUCACAUGUUAUGCUCCAGUCAUAGUGGAGCCACCAGCGGACCUCAACGUCACAGAAGGCAUGGCUGCAGAGAUGAAAUGCCGAGCAUCAACCUCCCUGACCUCUGUAUCUUGGAUUACUCCAAAUGGAUCUGUUAUGACGCAUGGGGCAUACAGAGUUCGGAUUGCUGUGCUCAGUGAUGGCACAUUAAAUUUUACAAAGGUAACUGUGCAAGACACGGGUUUGUAUACAUGCAUGGUGAGUAACUCUGUUGGGAAUACCACAGCUUCUGCCACACUGAAUGUGACUGCCCUGGAUAACCCUGGUUACACAUACUUUUCGACCGUCACAGUAGAGACUGUGGAACCUUCUCAGGAUGAGGCACAGACCACAGAGCAGGUUGGGCCCACACCAGUUACCAACUGGGAGACCACUAACAUGACAACCUCACUCACUCCACAGAGCACAAGAUCAACAGAAAAAACAUUCACCAUCCCUGUGACGGAUGCAAACAACGGGAUCCCAGGAAUAGAUGAGGUUAUGAAGACUACCAAAAUCAUAAUUGGUUGUUUUGUGGCUAUCACUCUUAUGGCUGCUGUGAUGCUGGUAAUUUUCUACAAAAUGAGGAAACAGCAUCACCGGCAGAACCAUCAUGCUCCAACACGGACUGUAGAGAUCAUUAAUGUGGAUGACGAGCUUACAGGUGACACACCCAUAGAGAGUCACUUGCCCAUGCCAGCAAUAGAGCAUGAGCACCUAAAUCACUAUAACUCUUACAAGUCUCCUUUCAACCACACAACAACAGUUAACACAAUAAAUUCAAUACACAGUUCAGUGCAUGAACCGUUAUUGAUCCGAAUGAACUCAAAAGACAAUGUACAAGAGACUCAAAUCUAAAACAUUUAUGACAUUAUGGGGUGGGGGGGGGGGACAACAAAAGACGGUUUAUAAAACAAAUGACACAAAUGACUGGGCAAAAUCUACUGUUUCAAAAAAGUGUCUUUACAAAGAAAAAAAUUUAUUUAUUAAAAAUUCUAUUGUGAUCUAAAGCAGACAAAAUUAUGUGUAUUCCUCAGAACCUGUUUUUGCUGCACUUAUUUACCCUCCUCCUUCCCUUUUUCCUCCCCAGCCUACCCUGAUUCCCAUUUGCCAUAUUUUUCAUAGGAGAUCUUGAUUCCCUAAAAGAACUGGUCUAGGAAAUUUUGUAAGAAUUCUGUUACACUUUGGGAACUUUUAUGGUGAAUUCUAGUUGUGAGAUUCGGUCUAUUUUGUCACUCUUUUUUUCUUUUCUUUUCACAUGCCCUUUUGAAAUUAUUUGACAGGGAAUGGUAUAUUAGCAGCAACUUUACAAGUGAGAAAAAGGAAUAAACAAACAAUUUUUUUUUCAUGUAAUGACCUUCUCUGUAUUUACCAAAAGGACCAUUCUGUGAAGAAGUGGGAAAAAGUAAAAAAAAAAAAAAAAAACAAAAAACAAAACCCAGGAAAUUAAUUUACUUGUGCAAACCUGUGAAACCCAUGGUCUUUUAAACAAUUCUAGAACCAGAAUUUGUAGUUCAAACACUAAACUAAGAUUAUAAAUAAAAUAUUGUUUUUUUCUGUA